AUGCCGAUCAUCAUCUCCAACGAAUAUACUAAACUUCUCAUCUUAGAAGAAGCUGGAUUCACACAGAACAUCUCCAAAUGCAGUUACCGAAUAACAUUUCCUCCACCCAAAGAUGGAUCAACACUGCCAUUCCAUCUCCGGAAUGUCAAUAGAGAACUGGGACUUCCAUUUGAUGUUGAUAGGUAUGGAAAUAUGGAGAAAGCAUGGAUCACAGCUAGAGAGGAUCUUGGAGAUAUUCUGAUCACGGAUCCAACUUAUGAUGAGGAGCCAGUCCAGUUAGUGAAAACCAAUCAAAAUCGUCAAGUCGUGGAGCACAUGGUGGUUUGUAUUAAGAAUGAACAAGUCAAAGAGAUAUCCGAUAAAAAUCGAAAAACAAUGAAGAUCCGAGAUCUGAUGAGACAAAAUUUAACCGCUCUCUUUCCAGCUGGCGAGGUCCAUAAAGUGGAGAUUUUGGAAAUUGUUACUACUCAUGGAAUCCUCAGACUCCCACUCGGACUUCAACUUGAUGUUCAAGCUCUCAGUUUGAGAAAUAAUGCAAAUAAUGUGAUCAAUGCUAUUUCCAAGAUCUUAUCCAAAUCAAGUUUCCCGAUCAAAUUGAUUGUGGUUCAAGUCAAAGGGCCCACUGAUCCCAUUUUCAAGAACAGUAUCUUCCGGAAAUGUAAAAAAGUCGAGAUUGAAGACCAAAAUGAAGGUGGAAAGUGGGCGGAGACAUUAAUUGGAAUGACACAACCAACAAUCCGAAUGAUUGGAACCGAAGUCCCAAUGAAUGAUGUAUUGCUGAUGGCCAAGAAUUGGAUUGAAACCAGUCGAGAGAUUGGAAGCGUGUUUUCGAUGAUAACGAAGAAGGUCCAACAACGGCUGGCAUGGCUCAAAGAGCACCUGGAUGCCAAGGAUGUAAUUAUUGACGAGAGAAGUUGUCCCAAGUACCCAAGAGCCCUAUCCGUUCCUAUCAACGAUGAAAUCGAACUGAAUCUCUUCAUACAACAACAAGUACCGUAUGACCAAUUUCCAUCAUUUGUUCCCAAUGAUCUACCAUAUACGAUCGUGAUGGAAGUCAUGAAAGCCGGCUCUGCGGAGCCACUAAACUAUUGUAGAUAUUGGUAUCUUACAUUCUAA